AUGGCCGUCGCAGAAAUAAUUCAGGGCUAUUUUGGCCGCGGGACGAAAGUUGAAUGGAGCUCCUCGUUCGAGAAGACGCGACUCCGCCGGCGCGGGCCGUCGUCGGACGGCAUUCGGGGGCGGCGGGCGGCGGCGGCGGGGGGCUUGCAGUUGCUCCUGGCGCUCGCUUCCUCAUUUCUCCUUCGCAGGGGCAAAUUCAGCGGGCACGACUUGAUGUUGACCGCUGCAGUGCGCCCGCAGCACGUCCCGAUCGUGGAGAGUGCCAGCGCCCUUCUGUUCGUGCCUAACGUGACUGGGCUGCGCGCCACUGCUGCAACGUUGCACAAUCUGCAGCAGUCAGCAGUUGCGUGCGACAAACAACAGCUACGUGCUCUCUGGGCAGAUCAGGCGAUGUUUGUGGCACGCACACAAUCAAAACAGUUUCCCGGAGAACAAUCAGAUCAUACGAAUUCAUUGUUUGAUUCAUACGUUGAGCAAAUUCUAAAAGGUCAACUUCAUGUGUACCUCUUUUCCUUUAUUAAAGCUAGACAUUCUUUAAUUAGUGCUAACCAUUUGCCAAUAUUUACAAUUGAAAUGAUUUCAUGUCCAUUGUGUUUUCAACAUAUUAAGUAUUUUCAGUAA